AUGGCCGGCUCGCGGACCAUGUUCGACGAGCUCCAUCCGAGUCUCGUCCAGGAUGAAACCGACACAAACACAUACACCCUCGGGCGGAUGGGCGACCACAAUGUUGUCCUCGUUUGCCUGCCUUCUGGCACUAUGGGGACUUCGCCGGCAGCUACAGCAGCUGCGAACAUGCUACGGACUUUUCCUAAGAUUCGCUUUGGGUUGAUGGUCGGCGUUGGCGGCGGCGCACCCGGUCCACCUGGCAACGAUCCUUGCGAAGACCUGCGGCUUGGAGAUGUCGUUGUCAGCAAUCCGGAUAGAGAGUGUGGUAUAUACUUCCUAAUUGUUUAA